UCCGCGGGCCCCGCGCCCCAGGCCCAGCUCGCGCAGGUGAGGGGUGUCCGCGCAGGUCUGUCAUGUCCACCAUGAAAGGCUCACGGGCCACUAGUGGUACCCCUGAGGGCAGCCCGGAAGGUGUGGACCUGAGUCUGACUGGCCUCCCUCUGCCCAUGUCCCGGCGUCCUAGCAGUGCCUCUACAGCCAAGCCCGUCACCCGCUCCAUCUCUGUGGCCACAGGCGGCACAAUGAGGAGGAGGGCUCUGGAGGCCACAGGGCCUGGGGGUUCCCGGGCCAUCAACAACCUUCGAAGAUCUAACAGCACCACACAGGUCAACCAGCCGUGGACCAGCUGCCCCAGGCCUGCGGAGCCCACUGACUUCCUGGCGCUGUUCGAGGGAGAUCCUGGUGGGAAAGGGAGGCUGGCCAGCCUGCCCAAGCCAUGCAGUGGGAAGGGAGCCACCUGGAACGUCCUGGAUGAUCAGCCCAGGGGCUUUGGCUCGCCGGCCAGUGCCCAGAGUCCCAGCACCCUCAACUCCCCAGGGGGCCCACGGAGGAGGGAGUGUGCCCUGGCACCCAGCUUCACAGCCAAUAACAGGAGCAGCAAGGGAGCCGUGGGCAACUGCGUCACCAGCAUGGUGCACAACCACUACGCCCCCAUGGAGAGGGCGCCCCCACUCAAGAGCUCUAACCAGACAGCCCCCGCUCUCAACAACAUCAUCAAGGCAGCCACCAACGAGGGCAGUGAGGGUAGCAGCUUCCGGAAGCCCCACAAGAACUUCAGCACUGACCAUGCGGCCCGGGGCGCCGCUGGGGGGACCACCACCAACCUACUCAGGCGGAAGGAGGUGACGGAGGAGGAGGCCGAGAGGUUUAUCCACCAGGUGAACCAGGCUGCCGUCACCAUCCAGCGCUGGUACCGCCACCAGGUACAGCGCCGCAAAGCAGGAGUUACAGACCUGGAGCACUUGCAGGCGGCCACGCAGGAGGGGCAGCAGCAGCUGGGCAGUGGCAACCUCCUGGACCUGCACCGGCAGAAGGAGGCGGCAAGGAAGAAGGCCCGAGAGGAGAAGGCUCGUCAGGCCAGGCAGGCGGCCAUUCAGGAGCUGCGGCAGAAACGAGCCCAGCAGUCGGCCAAGGCUGAGCAUGGGCUGCCCAAGGGGAGCCCAGAAACCAGAGCAGCGGGGCAGCCUCGGCCCUCCCAGGAGCCGCCCCUGACACCAGGCAGUGACGCCCGCCAGCCCCUCAAGGCCAACAACACUGGCACCACCGUCCACCCCACAGGCCCCAGGAACCCCUGCCUACCUGCCUCUGACUCAUCCUCAGAGCACCAGCUGUCUCCGGAGGACAAGCCACAGGACAUGGCCAGUGAGGACGUGGAGAUGGUGGGCCCCACCAGGAGCAGGGUCAAGUCCAGGGAAACCCUGGACGAGCUGCUGGACACGCUGAGGCUGCUGGAGGAGGAUCCCGAACCACUGUCCCAUCCCAGGGUCUAUCACAAGGACAGACAUGCUUGGAUGGAUGAGGACAGUGCCAGCUCCCUGACGGCUGACAACCUGGAGAGGUGGGGGAAACUCGGUGCACCCUGCAGCACCCCUGAGGAGCGGGCGCUGCUGUCUGAGGCGAAGCUGCGGGGCGUCAGGAGCUUCCUGGACGAGAUGGAGAGGUCGCGCCAGGGCCAGCCCGCCAGGCAGCAGGAGGGGCUGGCACCAGACGUGGGGCGGGGGCACCCAGAGCUGGCAUCCGAGGGGCGCGUGUCUGUGACGCGGCUGGAGCUGGAGGAGCAGAAGCAGGCUGUGGUGCUGCUGCAGAGGGCACUGGCACAGCAACGCGACCUCACGGUCCGGCGGGUCAAAGAGACAGAAAAGGAGCUGAGGCGGCAGCUUCGGCAACAGAAAGAGCACUAUGAGGCCACCAUCCAGCGGCACCUGUCCUUCAUUGACCAGGUCGAGUACCCAGAGGGGCAGCCGCCCCGUGUCCACAUGCAUACACGGUCCUGCAUGGAUAGGGUGGCCCUGGGAGACAGGCCUCCUGCUGGGGUGGGGACCUUAGUGCAGAGCCUUACCCCCGCCUCACAGCUGAUCGAAGACAAGAAGGUCCUGAACGAGAAGUGUGAGGCGGUGGUGGCCGAGCUGAAGCAGGGCGACCAGCGGUGUCGAGAGCGCAUGGCCCAGAUGCAGGAGCAGCACCAGCUGGAGAUCAAGAAACUCAAAGAACUAAUGAGUGCAACAGAGAAAGUCCGCAGGGAGAAGUGGAUCAACGAGAAAACCAAGAAGAUCAAGGAGAUCACCGUCAGAGGCCUGGAGCCCGAGAUCCAGAAGCUCAUCGCCAAGCACAAGCAGGAGCUGAGGCGGCUCCGGGGCCUGCACGAGGCUGAGCUGCUGCAGCGGGACGAGCAGGCCGCCCAGCGCUACCUGCGCCAGGCCGAGGACCUGCGGGAGCACCUGGAGCGGGAGAAGGAGGCACUGGGCCAGCAGGAGCGCGAGCGAGCCCAGCGGCGGUUUGAGCAGCACCUGGAGCAGGAACAGUGGGCCCUGGAGCAGCAGCGGCGGCGGCUGUACGGCGAGGUGGCCGAGGAGAGGGAGCGCCUGAGCCAGCAGGCAGCCAGGCAGCGGGCAGAGCUGGAGGAGCUGAGACAGCAGCUAGAGGACAGCAGCUCAGCGCUGACCCGAGCCCUGAGGACUGAGUUCGAGAAGGGUCAAGAGGAGCAGGAGCGUCGGCACCAGGUGGAGCUGAAGGCUCUGAAGGACCAGCUGGAGGUGGAGAGGCAGGCAUGGACGGCCAGCUGUGCCAAGAAAGAGGAAGCGUGGCAGCUGAACCGGGAACGGGAGCUCAAGGAGGAAAUCCGGAAAGACCGCGACCAGGAGAUCGAGCUGGUUAUCCACCGGCUGGAGGCUGACAUGACCCUGGCCAAGGAGGAGAGUGACAGGGCCAUGGAGAGCCGCAUCAAGCGUGUGCGGGACCAGUAUGAGGCUGAGCUCUCGGAGCUGGAGCAGGCCCAGCGGAAGCUGCAGGAUCGGUGCUCGGAGCUGAGGGGGCGCCUUGGGGAGGCCGAGGGGGCGGAGGAGCGCCUGCAGGCCCUGUUGCGGCAGAGGGAGAAGGAGCUGGAUGACCUGCGGGCAGUCAACUCGGAGCUGUCCAGGGAGCGAGGCAGCCUGGUCGAGGUGGUCCGCCAGGAGUUUGCUGACCGGCUGGCGGCCUCUGAGGAGGAGAACCAGCGGGUCAAGGCCGAGCUGGCUGAGCUGCAGGCCCGCCAACAGCUGGAGCUGGAUGAGGUGCACCAGAGGGUGAAGACAGCCCUCGCCAGGAAGGAGAAGGCCGUGAGCAGCCUCCGGAGACAGCAUGAGGCUGCCAUGAAGCGGGCUGAUCAUCUGGAGGAGCUGCUGGAGCAGCACAGGCGGCCGCCCCUGAGUGCCAAGUGACGCCACCUGCAGGACGGAGGCAGGCCGGAGACGAGGAGGGAUGCGAUACGGAGUCCCGCUGCCGUGCCGGGCCCUGGGGCGCAUGCUGGCCAAGGUGUGGCCUGCUGCCCUGCUCGUGAGCCCUGUGCUCAGGACACCCCGUCUGUGGCUGUAUUUUUUACAGUAAAAGAGGUGGUUUUUUUUUUUU